UUUCAUAGCCACAGUUAAUACAGCCAACAAAAGUCAUUUGUAACAAUAGUGUCCGCUGUUGGACACAAAUUGACGCAUGUUAUGGCAGCGCAAAUGUGUUCAUGUGAAUAUUAACCCACACUAUCACUCACGCAUACGUUUAUGUUGGAGAAAAGAAACUAACGGUAUACCACUUCUGAAAGAUAUAGCCUACGGGGAGAGUAUAUGGAUUCCCACUCUUCCCUGCUGUGUCACAUGAUGACGUAGAUAAGAGAUGUAGAAGGACAGUGGUCAACAAUGGACCGCCACCACUACCACCUAUCUCGCCACUACCCUAGUCAUAAGAGAUACUCAGUCCGUCCCCUAGACUAUCCAGAGCUUCAAAUUACUGGUGCAACACUCCUCAAUACUGGACUACACGUGUAUGAGACUGCUUAUAAAGUCAGGCAUGACCCAGAUCAUGAGAGUAUCAACGCAGUGUUGGCAAGACUGGAGAACUACCAGCAUCACCGGGGCCUGCCACCAGUGUGUGUGGUCUGUGAGUGUCAGAGAAACGUGCAGGCCGCCGGCAAAGCCAAGUCAGCACUAAUGGCUUUAGAUAGCGGGGACAGCGACAGUGACACUGACGAUGAAGAUGCUCUAACAAUCGAUAACAUGUUGAGAUUAAUGGAGCGGUAUAUGACUCGUGCAACAAGUGCCUCUCAGAUGAAGACAAUGGUCAGACUCAUUAACAACCACACCAUUACAGAUUACAUAAUGGCAGAACAAGUCAGGAAGCUGCAAGCACUGUUACGUAGAACCAAACCAGAACUCAGAGAAGCAGGUCUGCUGUUGAUAGAGCAGCUGUGUUGUCAAGAGGAUAACGCUGUCAUCAUGGCUGAAGAAGAAAUAUUCAAUGAUCUUCUGACAGUUCUUUCAUCACCUCACAGCAUUAGGGUACAGGUGGCUGCACUCAAGGCAGCAGAUAAGCUGUUCUCUCACAGUCAAGUUGCUGACAAGCUGAUGGAGGCUGUUGAUGAAGUGUUGAUGGCGGUGCUCUUGAGAGUUCUCUACAGUGAGCACCCACUAGAGAUGAAAUAUGCCAGUUGCUGUGUGCUCCGUACACUGUCAAAACAUGAGAGCACUGCAGGACUGGUGGGUCAGGAACUUCUUUUCAUUGUCAAAGAAUUAAAGGAGAGCAGCUCAAAAAUGAAGGAAGUAUUUGUGGAGAUUGUGAUCAACCUUUAUCGUCAAACUGAUGUUAUAUACCCAGAUAUGAUUGACAAGAACAUCAUUAGAUCUACCACAUCGAUGAUUGUUGACGGACCAUGUGGUGUGCAGCGGCAAGCUCUCUACUUGGUGUGUUGUUUGGUGGAGGAUGACGCCGAAGUAGCCGACGUUAUCAACAACAAGGAUCUGAUGCUGUACGUGAUGCAGCUGAUGAGGGACUCCAAGUGUAGGAAAGUGCGCGAGGUUGCAGGGAAGAUAGUCCAGACGAUGUGUGGGUGUCGUAAAGGCUCGCUCGCCCGCACGGUGAUGGAACACUUCACAGCGUUCUUGCACCCAGAGGAGGACCACCUCCAUCAAGUUGGGGACACAACUGCGCGGGGGUCGUCCAAGAUUGUCUACCCUGUCAGAGUGAAACACCAGGCAGAGGCACGGAACUGGCAGUCAUUUGAUCAGUUCCUCGCUCUCAUUGGGAAGCUGAUAACUAAACAUGCAAUGAUAAAACAGGAUCCAUUAAACAAGCAGCUGAUGAUAGAUGACAACCCAACCACCGAGUGGAACUGUCACCAACUUGGUUACCUAGCAUCGCUUGUUGCCAUAGCAACCAAACUCACCCAGUGGCCAGUUGAGAAGACCAAGUCAAUUCAGAAAUUAGAUCCUUCAGACUUGACAGAUGAUGAAAACAUGAGAAACAAACUCAAAGGUGUGAAUCGACAGCUUACAGCAGAAGUUUGGACGACGUGUGGUCGUCAAGUUGCUGUUCUUUUAUCCAAAUUUGCAGAAAAAGUUCAAAUCAGAUGCAAUCCAUUGUCAGCCCGUCCUGGCUCACGGCAAUCCAUGCGAUGUCCUUCACCUAUGUCAGGUCGGAGGAGCAAGACUCCUCGAGGUGACAUCUUGAAUGAUUCAGAAAUCACCCUCGUUAAAAGCCUGCUGGAAUUUUUCUUGUUCGUGUCUGUGGCAACCUGCACAAACAAGAACUUCAUAAAAAACACUGUUGUAGAGAAACCUGAAAGAGAGUCGGUUUCACGUUCAAGGGAAGGAUUGUGGGUAAUGGAGAACCCCCACCUUACACAGAGUAUUGAGCGACAGUCGACGACGGACGCAGCAGAGGUGAUAGAGAGAAGACAGCAGGAGCUGGCGGAGAAAGAAGCCAGUGCAGAUCGCAGGUUGCUACGAAAAGGCCUGUACGAGGAAGACCUCUUCAGAUUUGUCUCUCCCUUUGUUACAUUUGAGAAUGAAGAUUUGAGGGAGACAGCGGCCAUGAUCUUGAGGUGUGGCAUUCAGCCCCUUGAUGAGAAGCUGGUGGCCUCCGACCUCCACACAUCCAAUGGGUCAAACGCUGGACCUGUGAAUGUCUACAAACCAAGGCUCAGGCCCCAGUCUGCCAAGACGCACAAGGAGCGGGACAGGAAGAUGAACAUCGCCCUGCACAGGAUGUCCCCUGAAGUGGCAGGGGUGAUGAGGUCAGCCAUAGGGUCUCGCCCCUCGUCAGCUGAUACAUACAAUGUGAGUCAGAGAAACAGGUCAGUUUCUAAGUUUGGCCGCGGUCAGCCGACAAUUGACCUGACCCAGCCGAUUGCCCAGCAGUGUCGCAAGGUGACGGUGGACAACUGUGGAAGUCAACUCCUGCAGGGGCUGUUCAGCAAAUCUCGAGAUGUCCGCAAGAGUUGUCUCCUCUUGAUUCAUGAUCUUGUCAGUCAUGGAAAUGUUGAAACACACAUGCAGCUGUCGGAGCUGGGGUGUAUCCCCCGCCUUAUUGACUUCCUGCGCAUCAAUGAAGAUGACGAGAUGCUGGAGAUUAUUGCUAUCAUCCUGACGAGGAUGUUGAUUACUAGUGACUACCGCCUGAAGCAGCUGUUCAACCGCCAUGGUGGGGCCAACCUGUUGCUGUCCAUGUCCCAGAACAGCAGUGGGGUGUUGAGGGAGGAGAUCAAGUCUACCUUGACAGCCCUUACACAAGGCAUGUCCCGGCAGACCAUGAGGCCUAGCUCAGCACCAGCUCAACGUCCCGACGAUGGGAAGGAGCCAGAUAUCUGGGAUAAUAUAAUGGAGAGGUGGCUUUACGAGGACAAGGUGGUGCGAGUCUUUCAGAAGUGGAUGUAGAGGAUGACAGAAUCUCAUUGUUCACUGUUACUGUUUAGCUGAACCUACAGCUUCCUUAGUGUUACAGCUACUUACACUGCAAACUAAUGAUUGUCCAAAUUUGUUGUGUUUAUGAUAGCUGCUGAAACCAAAGUGGGAUCUUCCAACAUUAAAUAACAUGGCCAAUUUAUCAUAAGCCAAACUUGCCGAAAUAUGUGACAAGUGUAUGGGAUUUGGUUAAGCUUCUAUGAGCCUCUACAAGUAUUUACAGAUACAGCAUUAUUUGACACAUUAUUGGGUACAUUCUAUUUGACAACUGGGAUUACCCGGUACUGUAUCGUUCAGAGGAGAUUCCAUUGCAAGAAUUCUAGGGCUGGGACGAGUAACUCGGGUCGGGUGGGUACUGAGUAGGACCCAGGUCGGGUAAUAGGGUUCAGGUACCCAGAUAGUAAAUUUGGACUCGUUCCAGCCCUAAAGAAUACAUAUAUCAGUAUUCUUUAGGGCUGGAACGAGUCCAAAUUUACUAUGCAUACCCUUGAAACGACCCCUUUGAAAUGUAGCAUAACAUAGACUUGCUAAACAUUCAUGUGAUCCAUCUCUGUUGACAUUUCCUCUGAAGUCAAAAGGCCCAUGAAGCUCACACCUUUCGUGUGUGGUUCCAGUGCUCACAUGUUUUUACGACAUCAAUGGCACCAUGUUGAAAAUGUAAUUAUUACUCAUAAUUCAGUGUAUAUCGAUAUAUGUUAAUUACUAAUGUAACAUUUUGUUAUGAAACAUAAGGAUGGAUUUUGUCAUACUUGUUUUACCUAUUUAUUGCCUACAUACUUUCAGAACUUUGAGAACAUUUACAAUGGUAUUGCUUUUCUACGCAUGUUCUACAGAUAGUGAAGAUUUCGAUACUCUGUGAUUGUGAUAUUAUAGAUCUGUUGAUCAUGUUACUGAUGAUUCUUACAAUUGUUGAUCUCAGCACAUAGUGGAAGUUUAUCAAGGUUAGAGCAAGGCUUUACGCCAGCAUAAUUAACCGAAGGUUAGAUUGCUUUAACAUUGAUACUCUAGUGUUGUUAUUCCUUCUUUGUUAUGACAUAGUGGCUAAUUUUUAUCAUAGUUCUAUUUUUACAAAUCAUUGUAUGUUUUGUUCCUUUUGGAACCUAAUUUAUGAUUUAUGAUGGAAUGAGAAUUCUGCAAAUAUUAAUCUUAUGCAAACUUUGUCUUCGUUACUUGUCAAUAGUUUUGCCUUUAUAACAUGUGCCUUAGUCAUUUGGAAAUAUUUUGUACAGGAUAUAGCGAGAAAGUCCUCAUUCUUACCCACAUUACAUCUAUUCUAUUGCUCAUUUGGUGGAGAUUCAUUCAACAAUCCUGGGCCCACUUGCACAAAGCGAUCUUAGUCCUAAGAUGAUUGUAACGCCCAUACUUUAACAUAGGCUUACGAUAGUCUUAGCGCUAAGAUGGCUUUGUGCAAGUGGGCCUUGGUGACGAGUUUAAUAUCAAAGUCAAGGUUCAGGGACCAGUCAUUUAAAUUCGAUGAGGGAGAUGUGGCCAAGAUGUUUUAUCCAUGAAGACCCAACAGCGCCACCCCUCAACCACCCCAAAUACAAAUGAUGGUCUGUUUUUAUCAUGCCCCUCCCGUAGGAUAGAUAAUCGCCAAAGACAGUAAUUCCUUCUAAUGUGCUACUAUAAAAUGACUUUCCAUCUUUUCAAAGCCCUCCGGAUCCUAUCAUGUUUGUCUAUGUCCAUGUGACAUGUGAGUGUGUAUAUGUUAUACAUAUUACACAAUAUUUAACUUAGGUCCAAUUCAGCUAACAGAUAGAAUUCCAUGUAAAGGCACUUUUCUGCUUAUAUCGGCCGGUACCCUUGUGUCCUGUGGUCAUUAUUCUUAGGGUUUAGUACUUCUUAAAUUUAUUGAAUUAGUUUGAAAUAGGGAAGCUGAUAGUAGUGUUGAAGCAGGUGAUGUUUCGAUAUUUCAGGCUUGUAUGUUGAUAUCGUGUAGCAAACAGCUCUAGAUCAUUAUCUGUCUUUAGGUCAACACUGGUCAUAUCAGCAUUGUCCUUCUUAGAUAUUGAGAGGAGAAUGAAAGGGUAAACUGAACAUUAUUACGAGAACUUCAGAAAUAUUGACCCGAAUUCUUCAUUUUAUUAUUUUGCAUUAGUAUGAUUGGAAAGAACUGUUAAUACAUGCAUAUUUAUACAUAAUACUGGUCAUAUUUUCAGAGUAUGUCCAAAAUUAUGAACUAUUCAAACAAAACUUCAUGGUUACAUUUUCCAUUGUCUGAAACUUCAACCAUUACAGUGAUGAACUAUGUUAUUGAAUAUGCUUUUAACAACUUGUAACAAAACAGUGAAAUUGCUUGACAUUGCUCAAAUUUCUAAUCUGUUAAAUAUAUGUACUUACCGGUUAAACAGAAAUAAAUAGUUUUUAGAUUCCAUUUA